AUGAGUAUCUGGAUCCAUUCUGCAGAAAAUGUGGAAGAGAAUCGCCUCUAUAUCGAAAAUUUGAGUACCAUUAUGCUCAAAGAUGGCCGCUUCACUUGGAGACCUUUGCCUGGAGUCGAAGGAAGUCGCAUGUUCUUUGUGCGAAAAGAUUCUAGUUGCCUCAACCCGCAUGAAAAUCCAUACGCCACGUUGCUAGAAAGGGAAACGCUGCCUCAGUUUGAGUGGCCCGCCGCCGCGCCGUUCGCGCGUUGGAUAGCGGGAAACAGCGCCCUUUUUCGCGGCAAAAAGGUGCUGGAACUUGGAAGUGGGACUGGUAUAGUUGGCUUUACAGCUGCGGCAUACGCGGCAAAGGUAGUGCUAUCUGAUUGCUCCUUAGUAUCUAUGGCUAUGCUGAAACUGAGUAUUGAGGAAGGUUGCCUUGGAAACUGCAGCGCAGGACUGCUUCGCUGGGGAUCCGAUGAGGCUGUUGACGAGCUCAAAAGAGUGAUAAAUGUGGAAGCCUUUGACAUAAUUAUCGGAAGUGAUAUUUUCUAUUUCAAUGCUACUCUCAAAGCGGGGCUAAAGACGGCAAAAAGAGCGCUUCAUUCCUCGCGUGCCUCCUCGGAGGGUGUGUUCUUGUGCGCCAGUGUGGCCCGUUCGGAGAGGAUGGAAGUUGAGUUGGACGACGUGCCGGCCACCUUCGGUUUUAAUUCCCGGGUGCUGAUGGAGACAGACGGCUUGAAGUUAUACAUGUGGACAGUGGAGUGCUGA